GCAGACUGUGGACUGACUGAACCGUAUUCCUCUCCAUCAUGAUACACAUGCCUGCAUUCUAACUAGUGGCCAAGCAAAUGACAUUCAGAACUUCAAGUAAGGUACAGUAAGCUAAAGAAGUAAACAGGUCAUGGCACGUUUAACAAAAAGACGACAGGCGGAUACAAAAGCUAUCCAGCAUCUUUGGGCAGCCAUUGAAAUUAUAAGGAACCAGAAGCAAAUUGCCAACAUUGACCGUAUUACAAAGUAUAUGUCUCGAGUCCACGGUAUGCAUCCCAAAGAGACCACCCGUCAGCUGAGCUUAGCUGUGAAAGAUGGUCUUAUUGUCGAAACGCUAACAGUGGGCUGCAAGGGGUCAAAAGCUGGUAUUGAACAAGAAGGAUAUUGGUUGCCAGGAGAUGAGAUUGACUGGGAAACAGAAAAUCAUGACUGGUAUUGUUUUGAAUGCCAUUUGCCUGGAGAGGUGUUGAUAUGUGACCUGUGUUUUCGUGUGUAUCAUUCCAAGUGUUUGUCUGAUGAGUUCAGGCUUAGAGACAGCAGUAGUCACUGGCAGUGCCCAGUUUGCAGGAGCAUUAAGAAGAAGAAUACAAACAAGCAGGAGAUGGGCACCUACCUGAGGUUCAUCGUCUCCCGCAUGAAGGAGCGGGCCAUAGAUCUUAAUAAAAAGGGAAAGGACAGUAAGCAUCCGAUGUACAGGAGGCUGGUACAUUCAGCUGUGGACGUCCCCACCAUACAAGAGAAAGUAAAUGAGGGGAAGUACCGGAGUUACGAAGAAUUCAAAGCUGACGCGCAGCUGCUUCUCCACAACACAGUGAUUUUCUACGGAGCAGACAGUGAGCAGGCAGACAUCGCGCGGAUGUUGUACAAAGACACAUGCCACGAGCUGGACGAACUGCAGCUCUGCAAGAACUGCUUCUACCUGUCAAAUGCUCGUCCUGACAACUGGUUCUGCUAUCCUUGUAUACCUAAUCAUGAGCUAGUUUGGGCUAAAAUGAAAGGUUUCGGGUUUUGGCCAGCCAAAGUCAUGCAGAAAGAAGACAAUCAAGUUGACGUUCGCUUCUUUGGCCACCACCACCAGAGGGCCUGGAUUCCUUCUGAAAACAUUCAGGAUAUCACAGUCAAUGUUCACCGACUGCAUGUGAAGCGUAGUAUGGGUUGGAAAAAGGCCUGCGACGAACUGGAACUGCAUCAGCGUUUCCUCCGUGAAGGAAGAUUCUGGAAGUCUAAAAACGAGGACCGAGGUGAGGAAGAGGCAGAAUCCAGUAUCUCCUCUACCAGCAAUGAACAGCUGAAGGUCACUCAAGAGCCACGAGCAAAGAAAGGACGACGGAACCACAGUGUGGAGCCCAAAAAGGAAGAACCAGAGCCAGAAACAGAAGCAGUAAGUUCGAGCCAGGAAAUCCCCACAAUGCCUCAGCCGACCGAGAAGGUGUCGGUGUCCACCCAGACCAAGAAGUUAAGUGCCUCUUCCCCAAGAAUGCUGCAUCGGAGCACCCAGACCACUGGCGACGGCGUCUGCCAAAGCAUGUGCCACGACAAGUACACCAAGAUUUUCAAUGACUUCAAAGACCGGAUGAAGUCGGACCACAAGCGAGAGACAGAGAGAGUUGUCCGAGAAGCUCUGGAGAAGCUGCGUUCUGAAAUGGAAGAAGAGAAAAGACAAGCUGUCAAUAAAGCUGUGGCGAACAUGCAGGGUGAGAUGGACAGAAAGUGUAAGCAGGUGAAAGAAAAGUGUAAAGAAGAAUUCGUGGAAGAAAUCAAGAAGCUGGCGGCACAGCACAAACAGCUCAUCUCUCAGACCAAGAAGAAGCAGUGGUGCUACAACUGCGAGGAGGAGGCCAUGUACCACUGCUGCUGGAACACGUCCUACUGCUCCAUCAAGUGCCAGCAGGAGCACUGGCACGCCGAGCACAAGCGCACCUGCCGCCGCAAAAGAUGAAGCCGGCCGACCACGUCCCAGACACAGCGGGUUUUGUUUCCAAGAAGCCAAAAGUGUUUAGAAUUUGCUUCCCAUUUUGCACCAGCCUUUAAACACUUUUCGUGAAGAAAUUUUGCACAGUAGUUUAAGUCUUUCGUUGAUGCUCCUCCGGCGUUUUUCAGGGGCUCAAGUAACAUCAGUGGAGGGUAUUACUUUAAAUAAAUUUUAAUUGAGGAUUUGUUGCAUUUUCAGCAAAUUUUAAAACAUUUUUAGGUUUUACAGAGAUUUUAACCUUCAAACAACAGAUCUUAACAACAACAACAACAACAACAACAGGUGAAAUGAGUGAGUUUAACAGAGUGAGAGCAGAUCUGAAUGUAAGGGCGGCAGAGCACCUGAAGCACGUAGACUACCUGGCCAGGUCCUUCCGCUUGACCUCGCUGAGCUGGUUUGGUGGCGCUCCUCUGGGCGGGCGCUGCUUGCCGGCCACGCUGAUUGAUUAUAGGGAACAGGGUUGACACAGCAGGGCUAGCCCUGCAUAUUUUUUCUUAAAUAUUUCCCAAUUGUGUUUUCAUUAUUUCUUUUCAAUAUAUAACUUUUAUAACAAAUUAUUAGCUUUGAUCUUGUAGUUUAAAAUUGCAGGGAAACUGGGGUGAUCUUUUACUGAGCUGGAUCUUAGAGAAAAAUGAAUAUUUAAAUUUUAAAGUUUGCACAUUUCAUCUUUGUCCUAACAUGAGUGCUUGUAACAAAAUCAAGAGCAAAAAUAAAAAUCAAAAGCCAAAAACUACCUUUCCCCGUAACAUGAAAUUAUAGCUACGGCGUACAGAUUUCUUCACUGCGUCCCUCCGCACGCUACCCUAACUGCCUACUCCCGGUGUCUCCUCGUGUGUAAGUCAGUACUCAAAGGAGAGAAAGCACUUAGGUUUCACAGAAGCCGUUAUGUUUGUAGGAAAGGGUCAUUGCCGACUGAUGAACUACAUCACUGUACACAGAAUGACAAAUAAUGCAUGUUAAUUUUCUUGUAUUAAAGAUGCCGUGAUUUGUAAAAAGUCUGUAUUUUGCGGAAUGUCUGAUUAAGAAGCAUUACCAAUAGGAAUGGAUCGAUAGUUAAUGAGUUUUAUACAUAGAUAUAUAAAAGACAACUGGGACAACUGAAAUUACUUUUCUUUAAAACUAUCUCACAAUUUUUUUUUUUUUCCCCUCAAAGACCUAUCAUAAACCAAGUCAAAUUCCCACUUACCAUUUAGUCACUUUUUGGGGUUAGAGAAAUAAUUUGUAAAUAUUUAUUUAGACCUUUGAUAUUUAUUAAAGCAAUUACGAUGGAAGUGAAAGAAUUGGGAGAAAAGUCUUUUUAAAAGUUUUCUCCGGUCGUCAGGGUCACUCUAAAGACAAAGCAUAAGGAAGUCUUCUGUGAAAUCCUCCAUCCUUCCAUGCUGAUGCAGAUGGUGAUGACACAAGGUCACCGACUGACAAGCUACUUCCAGACCUGCACACUCUGUACAGACCGCCCACAGCCACCCCGCAUCUGGGCCCCGGGCUGCGCAGUGACCUGGCCUCGCCCCUCCUCGCUGCUGUGACUGCCCUUGCUGUGGCUGUUGGGAUAGAGAUUUGUAGCCAAGGACACCUGACCUUCUUUGAUUGUUUUUCGAGUUUUAAAGCUUCGAUCCACCCCUAUGAGAGCAAGUUAUUGUGGAACUAUUUUUGGUGUAGACCAUUCCAGAGUGUGUAAUACUUAACUGCUAGCUGCAUGACAGUGAGGUUCCUCUUACUUUGGCUUCUUUCGUCUCUGUUGACACGGUUGCACAUUUCCAAGUUACUACAGUGUGAAAACUGUGUGUUUAAAAAAAACAAAAUUAAAAAAGAUUGUGGCCUGGUUUUGUAAAAGUUUUAGGUAAAAUUACAAUUGAUUGUUUUAGGAAUCAUUAUUAAAAUUUUUCUGCAAUCAUAAAGCUACAUCAAGGUGUUGAGCUUGGCCACUAUGCACAUUGUAGGUACCCAUCGUGGCUGUCCGGUUCUAUGAUGCAUUCUGGCGUUUUGUAAGCUGCUCUGACUAGCAAUAUAUAGAUUCAUUUAAUGUGUUAACAUUGGUUAAUAAAUGUAUUUAAAAAAAA